ACCUUGACCAAACAGUGUUUGCUACAGUUUUAACAGCUUUGCUAGAAUAGCUUUCUUUUGGGUUUCACCAUGGUUUUCUUUCACUUUGCAGUCCAAUUUUUUUGCAGUUUUGUGUUAUUUUCAGAUAGUUUUGCUGCAGUGUUCCUGGAAAGACAUGAGGCCAGCAAUGUCUUAAAAAGAGAGAAGCGAGCUAACAGCUGGUUUGAAGAACUUUAUCCUGGUUCACUGGAGAGAGAAUGCAUUGAAGAGAAAUGUUCAUUCGAAGAAGCAAGGGAAAUAUUUAAGGAUUAUGGAAGAACCAUGGAUUUUUGGAGGUCAUACACUGAUCGAGGGAAAUGUCAGUCUAACCCCUGUCAAAAUGGUGGGACUUGUAGCGACAACUUUCAGAAUUAUGUGUGUCUCUGUCCAGAAGGAUUUGAAGGUCGAAACUGUGAAUUUGACCUCAAUCUUUCUCUGAAGUGUGAGUAUGAUAAUGGAGGAUGUGAGCAUUUUUGUCACGAAAUUGAAAAUCUUGUCCGAGAAUGCAGUUGUGUUAAUGGAUAUAGACUUGGAAAUGAUCAAACAUCCUGUAUCCCAGAAGUGCCAUAUCCUUGUGGGAGGUUUCAAGUUCUGAAUGAAACAAAAAAUCAGACCAGUGUUGAGACACAAGCUGCAAGAGAAGGUAGAAUAGUUGGUGGCACUGAGUGUCCUAAAGGCGAAUGCCCCUGGCAGGCACUUCUGACAUACAAGGGUGCACCGUUCUGUGGUGGUAUUCUGGUUUCUCCAAAGUGGGUGAUAACUGCAGCACACUGUUUAGUACAAAAAGAUAAAAAGAAUUUGCAUGUAAUUCUUGGUGAACACAACGUGAACACUCUUGAUGGCAGUGAAGUGACAAGCAAAGUUGUUGACUAUAUUUUACAUGAAAAGUAUGUCAAAGCAACAUCAGAUAAUGACAUUGCACUGUUGAGACUGCAGAAGGCAGUAAAUUACACACAAUUUAUUGUGCCCAUAUGUCUACCAGAAGUCCAGUUUGCUGUUAAAGUUCUAUCCUCGGUAAAAUUAUCUACUGUGAGUGGAUGGGGUAGAUUGACAGAAAAUGGUCCUACUGCAGCUAUCCUUCAGCGAGUUGAAAUUCAACGAGUUAAAACUCAAGAGUGCAUUGAAAUCAGCAAAAUGAAUGUAACCGAGAACAUGUUCUGUGCUGGGUUCAAGGAAGGAAAGCAAGAUUCAUGUAAAGGGGACAGUGGUGGUCCUCAUGCCUCUAAAUACAAAAAUACGUGGUUUUUAACUGGAGUUGUUAGCUUUGGAGAAGGCUGUGCACGUCAAAACAAAUAUGGAAUAUAUUCAAGGUUGUCUAAAUUUAUUAACUGGUUAGAUCAAAAAUGGGUGCUGCAGUGGAUGUUUCAGCCACUGAAGUGGUAUGCAAUGAGAUCACAGAUGGCAGAAAUGCAGAGUUUGCAUCAGAAGAUGGCCCGAAAGAAGUGGACUCCACAGGUGAUGGAUGCUGCUGUGGAGGGUGUUCCAGUCACUGGAGUGGUGUGCAAUGAGGUCACAGAUCCAAAGGCACAAUGCUCCUUUGAGAAUGGUGGAUGUGAUCAUUACUGUAAAAUGAAAUCAAAUUCAGUAGAGUGUUCUUGUGUAGCAGGGUAUGAACUUGGAGCGGAUAAAAAAUCCUGCAUACCUAUUGCAGAAACAUUUGCAUGUGGACGACUUGUAGCUGGUACAUCACCAACAAUCAUUCCAGAAACUGAUCAAGGAAAUAUCAACAUCCAUAAAGAUACUUUUAGCAAAGGCUACAGUGAUGAUAUUAAAAAGAUUAAGCAAAAUCCGUCAAGUCACACUGAAGCAGUUGGAAAUCCUCAUUCCGGAAUACAUCGGGAAUACUGCCCUGUUGGACACUGCCCUUGGCAGGCCACUUUCCUAAACAAGGAGAACUCUACUAUCUGUGAAGGUGUCAUUCUGAAUGAAAAAUUCAUUUUAACAGCUGCUCACUGCUUUAUUCCAGAGCAGUCUAUCAGAGUUGUUGUCGGUGAUUAUGACAGAGAGAAAAUAGAAGGUACAGAGUAUGAACACCAGGCUGAGCAGUGGAUUACACAUCAGAGUUUUACAGACGAAACAUAUAAUUAUGACAUUGCACUGGUGAAAUUAACUUAUCCCAUCUCAUUUACACCGCAUGUUAUUCCUGUAUGUCUUCCUGACAAGGAGUUUUCUGAGAAUAUUUUAAUGAAGCAACAGUCAGGUCUUACCGGUGGGUUUUGUGAUAUACCAAAAAGUGGAGAAAAAGGCAACAAACUCAUGCAACUUGCUGUACCAUUCAUUGAUCAAAAUAAAUGUAUUACAUCGAGCAACUUCUCUGUGACACAACAGAUGUUCUGUGCUGGUUAUGAAAAUGAAACUCAUAUAUUCUGUCAUGGUGGAAGUCCACAUAUCACUGCUUACAAAAAUACAUAUUUUAUAACAGGAGUACUAAUUCAGGGGGGAGGAGGUGCAAUACAUGCAAAAUACAACAUCUACACUAAAGUGUCUGCACAUCUAGCCUGGAUUAACACCAUAAUGAAAUUCAUGUAACUGCUUUAUAGAACAUUAAAAAUAUUCUGCUGGAAAAUAUAAAAAAUGCAUUGGUUGAAGUUUGGUAGCAGUUCACAUUAAUAAAGAAAGUGAAUGCAUAUUUUGCUUCUCAGGUCAAUAUGAUAUAUUAUUUUCGCUAGCUUUUUCUAGAAACAUGCUAUCCUGGAAAUGAGAGAAGGUGGCUUUUUUAUUUUCAAGAACAAAUUGUAUCCACUUCCUUAAAUAAGAUAAAUGAAUUUAUUUCUUGA